ACCAGCCGGCAUUGGUAUCAUCAGGUCUGAAACCUCUAUUUGUACAUUAUGAUGGCUGAGGUAUAAAUGGUCUUCUUAGACCUAUGCCGGCUCAACCGCAGAGCCAUGUCCACUGACCAUCACACCACCACAUCGGCUGUAAAAGGUUAAAAUGUCGCCCCCACUAUUCUCAUCCACAGUAACCACGAGUCGAUCCAAAAAUCUCAACGCGCCAGCUUUUUCCAGAAUCGAAGAUAGUUUCGUUGUAUUCAACAUCUAUCAAAAUCUUCUAAUAUCUCCACCGCUCAUCAAAAAUGUUCAUCAAAAGAUCUGAUAAAGUGUAGCCAACUCUAGUUUCCUUGCACCACAUUCACAAAAUACGCACCGUUAGAUUACAUCUAUAAUUACACGUAAAUUUCGCGCCAAAAAACAUAAUUUCCAAAAUAAAUCGGGAAUUUGAAUUUGAAUUUUUCCCGCCCACGAAAAUAUCGCCCAAAAUACUUUUCUCUCUCUCCUAAAAUCCCUAGAUAUUUCUCACUCUCUUCUUAUCAGAAAAAACCCCUUCCAUUUCUUCGAAACCCUAGCUUUCCCCUCUCUAAAGCCUCCAUUAAAUCUCUCUUAGAAACUCCAAUUUCAUACCCUAAAUCUCCGUUUCUCACCCCCAAAACCUUUCUCUGAAACCCUAGUCACUCUAAUUUCUUACCCCCAAACAGUUUUCUGAAACUUUAUUAAACCCUAAAUCUCAAUUUCCCAAGGUAAAGGUAAAGCGGUGGUUUCUGAUUUACCGGAGAGAGCAACAAGUAAAUCUGUGUCUAAAUCUGGACCAAAGAAGAAAUCAGAUGGUCCAUUGAAGAAAUUGAAGAGUGUUAUCAGUAAAGGGAAGAAGAAGGUUGGUGUAGAAGAAGAUGAAGAAGUGGUUGCAGAUCUGGAUAUUCUAAACCCUGAGAAAGCAGUUGAUGAGGACGAAGAAAUUGAGGAUGAUGCUGAAGUCCCUGUGGAGAAAAUGCAAAGGAAGAUUUCGAAGGCUAAGAAGCAGAAUGAGAGUUGCCGUUUAAUUGGGUAACCGGUACCGAUUGAAGAAGCUCGACAAAGAUGGCCCAAUAGAUAUGAUGCUGUAAAGAUAAGAGAAGGUGGUGAAGGUUAUCUGCAUGUGAGACGACACUUCACUAGGGCUAAAGUAGAUGACGAGAUUUACAACUUGGGAGACUGUUGCAAUAUUAAGGCAGAAGGUGGACAGGAUGAUUAUAUAAGAAGAAACACUGAAUUCUUUGAACCUACCAAGAAGCAUUGCUGUUAAGUGGUUCUUUCGAGCGAAAGACACCGUAAUCAAAGAACACUCCUAUCUCAUUGAAUCAAAACGGAUUUUCUAUUCCGACUCUGAAGAUGACAAUCCACUGGACUGUGCAAGCAUCAUCUGCAUUUGCUUUCAGGUCAAUGACUGUCAUUACUUCUACGACAUGGCCUAUUGCGAAAAACUUUGUACAUUUGAAAAUGUAUGCACAGUAUUUGGAGAAGAAGCUAGUACAUCGGCCACUGCAGUUUCAAGUGAGGGUUGUUUGAAAGUCUUUGAGCAAGAUACUGCUGAUCCUGAUGAAGUUAUGACACUUCUGGAUAUGUAUGCCGGCUGUGGUGGGAUGUCCACCGGCCUGUGCAUGGGUGCAGCUGCAUCCAACGUCAACCUUGUCACUAGAUGGGCAGUAGAUUUUGACAAAGAUGCUUGUGAAAGUCUACGUUAUAAUCAUCCUGAGACAGAAGUGCGAAAUAUGAAAGCCGAGGACUUCUUGCGGUUGCUUUAUGAGUGGAAAGAUCUCUGUGCUCGUUACAAUUUGUUGGGAACUGAUUAUAGUAAAACAAAGAAACCAACUGAGAACAAAGAGGAGGAUGAAACUGAAGAAGAGGCACAGAGACGCCCACCGGACGAGGAUGGUGAGUAUGAAGUCGAAAGGAUAAUAGGAACAUUUUAUGGAAUUAACCCAGAUACGGAUGAUGGGCCUGCUGUCUUACACUUUAAGGUUAAGUGGAAGGGGUGGGGCUCUGAUUGGGAUUCAUGGGAGCCUUUCUUGGAGCUAAGAUAUGGAAAUGUGAUGACUGUAUUAAAGAAUUUGUUACAGAUGGAUACCAAUCCAAUAUAUUGCCUCUCCCUGCCAACCACAGCAUUCAGAACAACCCACAACUUUGCUUGCUCCGGUCCGGCUAGAAACUGGAGCAGCAGCAGCAUGAGAUUGGUUAUGUGAACUGAAGAAUGAUCUUUUAAGACGGCUAGGCAUACUUGAUAGUUUAAGAUUCUUGGUUUUGAAGCUUGAAGAAGACAAUGACAACCAUUUUGGCUGUCAUUGUGAUAUACAUGCAGAGAUAUAUCCAGAAAAUUUACAGGAGUUAAGGUUGCGUAACUGGUUGGUAUAACGUUUGCGUCAGAAAUUAGUAGUGGGCAUCUUGGAAGCUGCAGUGCAACUUCCACAUAGUACUAGACUUUCAAGUGGUGCGAUCACUUUUCUUUUCUGGUUUUAAAUCAACAUCUCUUUUCCACCUAAUUUCAUACAACUUUGAAUUUUAUUUA